GUGGUAUGUUUGAUCAUCUUCCACUCACUGAGAGGGAACUAAUCAAUAAUCAUCCAUUAGAGCCGAUGCUUCUCUCUGCUUUUUAGUUCCAUGGUAACGCUAUCGUCUCCAUCUCCCUCCCUCUCUUUCGUAGAGAGCGGGACAUGUAGUAAAUCGCCUCACGUUUCUCGGGUUCUGUUCUCUGGUCCUGAUGAAAUUCAAGUAGAAUCGUCUCAACUCAAGACACUUAGAGAUGUUCAUAUAUCAGAAAGGUUGAUGGAGGAGUUCACUGAGCUUGCGAGAGAGAACACUGAGAAAGACCUCGAGACUUGUGGAACUCUUGCUGCCUUUCUUGAAAGAGGAGUUUUUUAUGUGACCACACUGAUAAUACCUAAGCAAGAAUCAACUGCUAACUCUUGUCAAGCUAUGAAUGAAGUGGAUGUGUUUUCUAUACAAAAUGAAAGAGAGCUUUAUCCCGUUGGAUGGAUUCAUACUCAUCCUUCUCAGGGCUGUUUCAUGUCAUCAGUAGAUCUGCAUACCCAUUACUCCUAUCAGGUAAUGGUGCCAGAGGCUUUUGCAAUCGUUGUAGCUCCAACAGAUAGCUCUAGGAGUUACGGGAUAUUUAAGCUAACGGACCCUGGAGGAAUGGAGGUACUGAGAGGAUGCUCAGAGACAGGAUUCCACCCACACAAAGAACCAGAAGAUGGAAACCCGGUUUAUGAGCAUUGCUCAAACGUCUACAAGAACUCCAACCUUAGGUUCGAGAUUUUUGAUCUUCGCUGAGAGGUAAACGACCCUUCCGUGGUGGCCUUGUCAGUGAGAAAAAUGGAUCAAGCUUGAUCCACUGUGAGCUAAAUAAUACAGUAUCAAAUAAAUAACCAAACCCUAACCGGAAACUGUAUAUGUAAUCUAAAAAAGUCUUUGUCUUAUUGAGGUUAUGCAUCUUGUAUUAAGCUAACCAAAUGUUAAUAAUUUUUAAUUAAGUGAAUAAUCUGCUUCCUUGUCCUUACUAAUAGUAUAAUUGAGUGUAUCUUUACUCCUUUAUUGACCAUAUAAUGAUGAAAAAAACCUGAAG